GGGGAAGAAAGGGGAGGAGGGGUUGUUUCAGAGGGGACUUUCCUCUAUUGCCCGACUGAAAAAGAAGUUGAAUCACAGGGCACCGCGCCGGAGAUGUCCCCCGGUGUCGCCACGGAGGAGGUAUGCGGAGCUGUGCGCGGCGCUGGGGCCGCGGCCGUCUCCCCCUCUCGGGGAUACUCCUGGUAAUCCCACCGUUCCUCCUAGCACUCCAGCUCCUCGUCGUCGGUCCACGGUUACCUCGAACCACAAGGGCGGGGGUGGAGCAAGAGGUGACCUUUUCCGUUAUCAGCAUCGAACCGGACAGGAACUCAGGCCAACGGGGAUCCCCGUCCCGGCGUCCGGGGUUGGAGGGGGAGGAGGAGGAGGAGCAGGAGCAGGAAGAUGGGGAGAGAAGUGAGCUGGCACGAGCCUAUGAGGAUGAGAACGAGAUGCACUCGCGCCAGAUGGGACCCAGAGCACUGGAGGUGCUGCCGUGGGCGGCAGACGAGCCAUCCUUCACAGCAGAACUCAAUCGUAUCAUCACCUAUAUUACCAGGCCACAGCUGAACUGCUCCAGGGUUUUGUCUCCAGGUCAGGCUCAGGCAUCACAGCCCCCUGCGGAUUCUCCCCACUGGCUGCUGUGCGCUGAGGACUGGCUCCUUCCAGCCACAGAUAGGCCUUGUGUUGCAUACUCUUUCAGUAUGGAUGGGUUAGAUGCAGAUUUUCUAAAAACGGUGUCUGGGCUGGGAUGUGAAGUCCACAGUUUUGAUCCCAGCAGCACCAGUGCAUCUGGUGGUCACCAUGGCAACAGUUUGGCAAGCAACCAUGGUGAUGGAGGCGUGGUCAGCCAGCACAAGAUGUGGCUGGAGUGGCGAGCUCCAAGGAAGCACAAGCAGAAGACAAGAGGCAAACUGGGUAGUGUGUCUCAAACACUGGCAGACAUCAUGGCAUCUCUGGGACACCGCACAGUUCAUUUCCUGUAUGCGGACCUGCUGAGUGCUGAGUGGCGAGUUUUCCAGAACUGGAUCGAGUCGGGAACUCUGCAGAGUGUUUAUCAUCUGGUUGCCCAGGUUCACCUGCAAUGGGCAGGGUUUGAGGUGGGCGGAACCAAUGAGGAAGUGCUCCACUAUUGGUUCACUGUCCUACAAGGUCUCCAAGCUUCUGGACUCAAGCUGGUUCACAGCUCUGCAGGAGAGGGUCACAGUGUCCUAAAACAGACAGUAGCAAAUGGUCACAGCUCUUACAUACUCAGUUGGGCCAACACAAGGCGAUGAUGACACAUGAAUGAACACAGGUGUACACACAUGAACAGACAUUGUGGAUGGCCUCAAACAAGAAGGAGAAGGUCAAACUCUGCCUUCAUAUGACUCCACCCUCAGGAAAUGCUGGUGCGACUGUCGAUAAACUGGCUCAUUUGACCAAAUAUGGAGCAGAAGUUGAACUUUCUGAUGGGCUUUUAAAAAACUGGGCAACCAUAUAAUAAUUAGAUCUACACAUUUUAUUUGAUCUCAUUUGGAACAUAAAUAACAGCAGAUAAAUGUAAAUUGCAGGAAUUGUUGGAUUGUGUCUUAAUUUGUUGUAAAUAUCAAACAGCUGUCUGGCAGGAUUCCAACACAUUUUCAGGUUUUUUUUCUUUUCUUUUUUCAGUUGAGUGAUUUUAUCAAUGUAAUAUAUUGCAUUGAUUUGAUCCAGCUGUACUUUGAAUGUCGAUUCAGCAGAUUAUUAAUGUAUUUUUAAAAUGUAUUUGUGCACAUCUCUUUAGGCCUUAAAUGCUUUUAUGUGCAAUAAUUAUUUACAUUUGAGAGAAGAUUUAAUUAUAGUGAGACUAUUAGUGCUUAUUGUGUAAUAAACAGUAAAGAAAACAGUGAAACCAUGUUAUACACGUGUAUUGAUACCACAAUAAAAUACCAAACAAAGCCAG